UUAUUUAGUAUAAAUUAUACAUUUUACUUAUAUUACAUAAGACAAAAUAAAAUUAAAUACACGACGAAAAAUGCCUGUUACGUUCCAUUUCACCCAAAACUAAUCAACUUACGCAUCGUUUGUCAUUAAUUGAACACAACAACGCGCUCAAGUCCGUGAAUAUUUUGAUUUGAUUCAUUAUUUUUAGUAUAAAUACGUAAACUGUGUGCAAAAUGAGUGGCCCCAACGGCAUGUUGUACGGUGGAGACGAGAUCGGUGCUUUAGUGUUCGACCCAGGGCACCACAGCCUGCGAGUAGGUUAUGCUCAGGAAGAUACUCCGAAAGCCGAUAUCCCUGCUGUGGUUGGUGUAGGACCGGCUACUCAUAUCCCGGAGAGCGAGGAGAAAGUACCCGAUGGCAAUGUUACACAGAGCGGAACCAAAGCGGGCGGUGAGCUCCGCCACUAUAUUGACGUCACUGAACUCCAUGUGCCCCGACCGGGCAUGGAGGUGCAGACAUACAUGAAGGACGGACAGGUCGACAACUGGGAUCUGUUUGAGAAGAUGCUGGACUAUUGCUAUGCUAAGGUUAUUCGCUCCCCAUCCGAACACCACCCAGCACUGUUCACGGAAGCAGUGUGGACCACCCGACCAGCCCGGGAGAAGCUGGCAGAACUACUCUUCGAGAAGUACCAGGCACCAGCUUUCUUCUUAGUAAAGAAUGCUGUGCUCUGCGCGUUCGCUAAUGGGAAGUCCACGGCGCUGGUGGUAGAUGCUGGGGCUAGCCAGACUUCCGCUGUACCGGUUAUUGAUGGAUACGCGCUUGUAAACGCAGCUGUCCGCUCACCGAUCGGCGGCGACCACCUCGCGGCUCAAGCGAAGCAUCUACUCAGCAGUAUGCACAUACAGAUGCUGCCAGUAUACAGCAUACAGAGUAAAGAAGUGAUCAGAGAACGCGAGCGGGCCAGAUAUACCUUAAAGACCCUACCAGCCGGCCUCACACACUCCUGGCAGCAGUACAUGCUCAAACGGCAAUAUGAAGACUUCUGUCACUGCAUCGCACAGGUGUCAGAAUCAGCAUACGACGAGAGGGUAGCGAGUACAAUUCCGGGCGUGCACUACGAGUUCCCCGGCGGCUACCACCAGGACUUCGGCGUCGAGAGGUUCAAGAUGGCGGAGUGUCUGUUCGAGCAGAGUCUGGGGGCGCCACAUUUAGCGUGCGCGGCGGCGGCGGCGUGCGACGCGGACGCGCGGCCGGCGCUGUGGGGCGCCGUGGUGGCGUGCGGCGGCGGCGCCAACACGCCCGGCUGGCUCGAGCGCCUCGCCAAGGAGCUGGCGGCGCGCGCGCCGUCCGCGCACCGCCUCAAGUCGCACGCCGCGCCGUCGCCCGCCGAGCGCCGCUUCGCCGCCUGGAUCGGCGGGUCCAUCCUAGCAUCCAUCGGCUCGUUCCAACAGAUGUGGAUAUCAUCACAAGAAUACGACGAGGGCGGCAAGGGGCAGCUCGAGAGGAAGUGCCCCUAGGAACUGAUCUACAGUCGCUCCAUGUAGGUUAGGGUAGAGCUCGCUGAUUAUUAAGUAUUUGAUUAAAUUAAGUAAUGCGGUGUCCAGACGGGACAAUGGGGUUGGCUGGUUGAAGUUAUGGAGUGUGGAUUAAAAGGAAAGAAAUCUCUUAUGGUAGAACUGUUGCAAAACUGUCCAGCUGUGAGCUAUAAAUAAUAGUUCCAAAUCUCUCCAUAGCAGCGCUAGAGUAGCUAAGAACCUAGGCGUUAUAGAAGGAAGUGAAGUGCGCUGUCUAUGAUUAGAUUUUUUUGUUCAAGUACUCUAGGUAUUGUAGCGCCACCUAUUUAAGGUUUUUUGAUGACACUUUUUGGUAUAUGGAGAUUUCUUUCCUUACCUCCACAUUCCAUAGGUUGAAGUAUUUUCCAGGUGGCGCUACCAUGGGAUUUAUCUGUCAAUUCUAUCAAAUUCUUUAUAUGAGGAGGAGCUAGUUUUGUUCUUAAAGGCUUCUAGCCCUUAAGAACAAAACUAGUGACAGAUAACUUCUGCUAGCGCCAUCUAACUAUCUUUGACAAUGCCAACCCCAAUUUUGCGCACAAUCUGAUAAAUUGACAAUUUGAUAAAGACGUGUGGACGCAAAAAUUAAAUCGGCGAGCCGUAAGAAAGUGGGAUCGGCGCCCACUUAAUUAUGGCUCGCCAAUCCAACUUUUUACAUUGUAAGACUGUGUCCGAUCAGGAGGUGCGGAAGCAAGAAUGACCAUUUUUUAAAUUAUGAGCGCGCGAAUGUCACUAUAAAUCUAAAAUUGGUGAUUAAAUUGUGUAUUGUGGACGCUUAAUGAGACUUGACGCCAAUUUCAUUUCUGAUCAAAUUGUCGAUUUCAUUGUCUCGUCUGAACAGAAAUACUAGACCCGAUUGAGACUACUUAUGUAUGUGAAUUUGUAGAAUAAAUGGAAUAGCUGUCUUGAAGUUUAUGAGGUGUAAUGAGUUCGCUGAAUAUUAUGUACAUAAAAUUAUUAGACAUGUGUACCGUCGAGUUAAAACAUCUUUACAAACUAACAUUCAAAAUAGUACAUUACGAUACAAGUGCGAAAAAUAGGAAAUUGGAAACGAGUGGCGAUAAAUUAAAACACGACCGAAGGGAGUGUUUUAAAUCGACACGAGUUGCGAAUUACCUAUUCGCACGUGUAUCGUACGUUUUUCAGUACAUAUGGCCCUUUAAAUGUUCGUUGUAAAAUAUUUUUACGGUACAUAUGGUGCUACUUUUUCACCGCACUAGUGCGAUAAUUAGCAUACGUUACUGUGUCGAACAUUUAAAGGGCAAUAUGUACUGAAAAACGUUGUACGAUACACGUGCGAAUAGGUAAUUCGCAACUCGUGUCGAUUUAAAACACUCCCUUCGGUCGUUUCUUAAUUUAUCGCCACUCGUUACGAAUUUUCUAUUUUUCGCACUUGUACGUAAAUAACUAUAUUGAAUGAAUGUGUUUUAUGCCUGAAAUAAAGUUUUUAAUCAAUUCCUUA